AUGGACAAACUAUGGUUCAAUGUGCAAUUCGAUGAGUUCUACUCGCGUUCCUUUGUGCGCGAUCACAUCAUAGUCAGCUAUAGCUUGCAGGAUGCGGAAACUCUGAGCUACAACAUGACCAUCAAGACGCACUUUCCGGGAAAACUUCUCAUGCAUGUAUUUGUGCGUAAAUUGGAUGAUUUGCCGGGCGGGGCCAACAAUUUUGAGCUGUUUAAAAUGAAAAAUAUGGACUUUUGCAAAUCACUCGAAGCGCUGCGCAAUGUCUCAAUGGAGCACUACCAAAACGAGUCCAUCUUACCAAGCACAUUUCUAGUCUCCUGUCCCAUCAUUGCGGGCUUCUAUUAUGUGAAAGACGCACACUUUGAUGUUAGUCUAAUGCCAUUGCGCAUUAAGAAGGGCAGAUAUCUGGUUAAUAUUGAGCUAAUACAGGUGUACGAGGAGGUUACUAAGCUGGUGAAUUGUAAAAUCAAAGUAGCGAUGCGGCAGACUGUGCAGGGCAGGCCGCCUAAGGAGCUGAAGACGACAGCGCCGACCACAGAGCAAAGCGAGCAGGCAGAUAGCCAACUUGAAUAUGAUUUUGAAGAGUCAGAAUAA